UUUGAUUGUAAUGGCGGAAUCAACUCGGACAAAAACAUCAGUCUCACCGUAUUUUUGCACGUACUUUUCCCAGCGAUUACGAUACCUGUGUUGAACGUGGAUUGCAUUUUAUGUUCGCCCAGCUGCGCCAAGCCGCCGCUACGAACGAACAUACUUCUGUGCAUUUACAACCAGCGAAACACGUCGCAUUGCCAUCGAAUUCGAACGGCGUACACACUACGCUAGAGGUUGCAUCGUUUUUCUUCGGCGGUGCUGUUGUUUGGAUAAGCAAAUCAGCGUCUUGGAUCAUCCGCAUCGCAUCAUCCGCGCAUUGUGUGUUUUGGGUAUCGUUAUGAAAACUAGUGCGCCCUGCACAAGAUAGCUAUGGCGAAUUUGAACUUGAGAAAUUUAGGAGGCAACAGCCUUGCUCGAUCAAGUAUUAGUUUUGGUAACAACUCCCUGUCUGGACAUGUUACUCCAGUGUUUGGCCAGCGGGCCACAGCUGAUAGGAGAACACUGCCAAUUGGGAAUAGCAGUCAGAUGGGCAAUAUGGCCCUGGGGGGCUACAGUUCGCUACACACAGUCUUCGGCUCAGGUGACACGAAUGCGCCUCCGCUGCUUGACUUGAGCGAGUUUCCAUCCCUGACGAAUCGAAGUGCCGGCGAAAAUGUCCCUCAGCCCAGUCCCAUGCCCGGUGCAAAACCGUACGUGGGUAUGGUUAAGCAGCCAACGUCCGAGGCGAGCGAGUUCACGAUGUCCAACGAGGAUUUCCCUGCGUUACCAGGCACACAGAACCGCGAGGGCUUGUCGCCCGGUAAUGGCGUAGGCGAUAAGGGCAAUGGGGGCGGUGGUGAUGGAUGUGUGGACCGAGGUUCAGAAAAAAAUAAUUCCAAAACAGGCAUCCAAACGUAUCCGGACGGGCUCGUUACAAAUAUACCUGGCAGUAUGGUUAACGAUCAGUUCGGCAUCGUCGGAUUGCUGACGUUCAUUCGAGCCGCAGAGACUGACCCCAACCUCGUUUCACUUGCGCUCGGUCAGGACCUGACAGCGCUAGGCUUGAAUCUCAACUCGCCCGACAACCUACAUCCUACCUUCGGCGGACCGUGGGCGGAACAGCCCUGCCGUCCGCAGGACAUCGACUUCCACGUUCCUCCUGAGUAUCUCAUCAACACGGCGAUCCGUGACAAGUUAGCGUCAGUGAAGCUCAACCGGUAUAAGGACGACUUGUUGUUCUUCAUGUUCUAUAACAAUGUCGGCGACGUGCUACAGAUUGCCGCCGCCAGCGAACUAUACACCCGAGAGUGGCGCUAUCACAUGGAAGAGAAGGUGUGGAUCACACAGGUGCCCGGCGUUGUGCUCAUGGAAAAGACGUCAACGUACGAACGCGGCACAUACUACUUCUUCGAUGCGCAGAACUGGCGGAAGGUUGCGAAAGAGUUCCACCUGGAUUACAGCAAACUGGAGGGUCGGCCGCCAAUGCUGCCCAGCCACCAUCUGGCGUGAAGUGAAGUUCGCCGCCAUGACUCAAGCGAAACAAAACGAAAACGACUAUAAAUAAAUGAAAAGUGUAUACAUUUUAUUAUUACAUUGUUUUAGGUGUAAGUUCUAAAAUUCGUGAUCUAAUAAAUGAGUGAGGUCGUUCACUUUUUUAUUAGCA